UCAGCGCAGGAUUUUUGCCUCCCCUAGCCAAUGGAAUUAGGAGGCACAGAGUUUUGUGGGAGUGCAUAUAAUGAACAUAUUAUCCAAGGUGGCUCAGAUAUUGAUCCAGUUGUCCUAGGUAGUUCAAAUUCACCUCCCGCUGCCCUUCGGCUUUGACCUUAUUUCCCCCCUGCCCCCCUCGAGCUUGGUUGGAGAAUUAUUCACGCGUAAAAAUGCCGAAGAGAAAGUCCCCAGAGGGUGCUGAGGGUAAGGAUGCCUCUAAAGUCACAAAGCAAGAGCCCACCAGAAGGUCGGAGAGAUUGAAAUUGUCGGCGAAACCUGCUCCGCCUAAGCCUGAGGCGAAGCCUAAGAAGACCGUUGUCAAGGUGGUAGAUGAUAAAGGAGCGAAGGCCAAGAAGGGCGGCGCCAAGGGGAAGAAGGAAGACGGUCCGGCCCAGAACGGAGAAACCAAGGCCAACGAGAUCUACGUGUCUCGUCCAUCUGUGCGUGUGUCCUCCAUCAGAAGCAUGGCUCCCUCCCAGAUGUCAGUGAGAGGGCAGAGUGAGACAGUCAGAGUCAAGGGUCUCUGAAGAGGCAGAGGAGGCGACCGACGAGAAGGCGUAAGGAAACGGACGGGUCCACCGACUCGUCCCCUCCGACUCCAUGGCAGCAAAGCAUCUUUUUUUACUGAUGGUUUUUGUACCAUGCUAUUUCUUUUCGUUCUUUUUUUUUUUUUCUUCUUGAUUAGUGAUAGCAAUGGACAACCAGCAACAACAGCCUUCAUCAUCCCGCUUCUUUAACCUUCUGAUUGGGCUCCCUCUCCCAUCCUGUGUUGCUUUAGAGUCCAGUUUCCCUCUUAGACGUCAAAAGUCAAGCUGAAGUGGUUUUAUCAGACAGCAGCAGAUGUUUUGUAAUGCCUGAAAGGAGUGGGGGAUGACUUCUAUGAUCUUUAAACCAGGUUGGCCUUUAUCUGUAGUUAUUCCACCUUACAGAAGGAACACUCUGCCUCUGAUGAGGAUAUGCUCUGGAUCCCACCCCCCUCAAAAAAAAAAAAAUAGGCUGAGGUGGAGCGAGGGGUGGGUAUCAACUGUUAAAAUGCAAAGCGGGGAGACACCAGUUCAACAGACACUAAGGAACAUCUGCCCCCCCCCCCCCCCCACCACCC